UGUGCGUGCGCGCCCUUGGCCCGGCGCCGCGCCGCGCACUCCAGCCCCUGUGUGUAGGAACCAGAGCAGUGGAGCUCUGAGCUAGACAUGGCGGCGGAUCCUAAGCCGGACUGGCUCUCCUGCCUUCCCUCUGCCUGGAGUUACGGGGUGACUCGGGAUGGACGCAUAUUCUUUAUCAACGAAGAAGCGAAGAGCACAACCUGGCUGCAUCCCGUUACUGGAGAAGCUGUAAUCACGGGCCACAGAAAAACUCCAGAUUUACCAACAGGAUGGGAGGAAGGAUACACAUUCGAGGGAGCUCGCUGCUUCAUCAAUCACAAUGAGCGAAAGGUGACCUGUAAGCACCCGGUGUCAGGCGUCCCCUCCCAAGACAACUGCAUCUUUGUCGUGAACGAACACAAGAGUUGUGGAAUGCUUGUCCACCCUGACAAGCCAGUAGAGCCUCUAUGCAGGCCAGCUCCAAAGGCUUCAUCAGAGCAAGGCAGCAACAGUGACAAGAAGGAGCGUCCCAUGAGCACCAUGAGCGAAGCGUCUAACUACACGGGUGGCUCCGACUACAGCACCUUCCCCGGCAGCCCGGCCAUCACCGCCAAUACCACCACCACCUCCACUUCAUCCACACGGCCCUCUAGGUCUUCCAAAAAAGUUCAUAACUUCGGGAAGAGGUCAAACUCCAUUAAGAGGAACCCCAAUGCCCCAGUUGUCAAGAGCAACUGGCUUUACAAACAGGACAGCACAGGCAUGAAGCUGUGGAAGAAGAGGUGGUUUGUUCUGUGCGACAUGUGCCUCUUUUACUACCGUGAUGAGAAAGAGGACAGCAUCCUGGGAAGUAUCCUGCUGCCAAGCUUUCACAUCUCCAUGUUGUCUGUGGACGACCACAUCAGCAGGAAAUACGCCUUCAAGGCCACUCACCCCAACAUGCGGACGUACUAUUUCUGCACUGACACCUCCAAAGAGAUGGAGUCCUGGAUGAAAGUCAUGACGGAUGCUGCCCUCGUCCACUCUGAACCAGUGAGAAGGCUGGACAAGUUGAAAGUGGAUCAGCGGACACCUCAGGAGUUGAACAACUUCCUGAACCACAGGGUCCUAACCCGGCCCGAGAUCCAGAACAACGAACGCAACCGCGAGCCUGUGCGACAACACUCCCUGUCUCGAGUCGAUGACAAGCGGCAGAAAGACCUGGAGAAACACAACUGCCAGCGGGAGUACUACACCUUACAGAGGGACGGGGAGAAGUACUCGCUGAAGAAAGACGGCAUCAGCUACAUGCUUCAAAAGGAUGGAGAGAGGUAUCUCCUCCACAAGGACGGGGAGAGGUACAUGCUGCGGAAAGACGGGGAGAAGUCUUUGCUGCAGAAAGACGGAGACGUGUGCGCACUCCACAGGGAUCUGGAGAAGCAUGCUGUCCAGAACAAGGACGAAAAGUGCACUGUGACGCCGACGGAGGAGAGAUACGCUCCGUCUAAAGAUGGAGAGAAGUACCUGCUUGCGAAGGAUGGAGAGAAAUUUGCACUGCAAAAAAUAGGAGACAGGCACACACUCCAGAAAGAUGGACCAAAAUACGUUCCCCAGAAGCAGGUGAAGAGACAGCUGUCUUUAAAGGAGACAGAGAGGUACGGCGUCAUGAGGGAGAUGGAGAAUAAAUAUGGUACCAUACAGGUUGUGGACAAAUACGGCACUCUGAAGGAAGUGAGGAAAUACAGCACGCUCCGGGAAGGGGAUAAAUACGCUACUCUCAGAGAUUCAGGGAAGUACGCUACGCUCCGGGGCGGGGAUAGAUAUGGCUUCCAGAGAGACCCGAGUGCAGAGAGGUCUCUGACUAAAAUCAGCAGCAUCAAGCUGCAGCCAGCUCAGGCCGCCGCAAUCGCAGCCGCGGUGUCUGCAUCUCGCCAGGGCCAGGCCAAUCUCAACGUCCCGCAUUCUGCGCAGGUCAAUGGCUCGGGCUCCGCGGCAGUGCCCGGGGAGCAGACUGUGAACUGCAGCCCGGAAGAGGUGGACAGCAGCCUGGCCACGGGUCCAGGAAUGUCCCCUGCUCCGGUCCAGGAGCCGGAGAAGGGCCUGUCCCGGACCAACUCCAUGCAGCAGCUGGAACACUGGGUCCGCUCACAAAAGACAAGAGGACCGGACGAUGACACCAGGAGUGUUACGUCCUACCAGACCCUCCCCAGGAACAUGCCCAGCCACCGUGCUCAGAUUGUGCCCCGCUACCCAGAGGGCUACCGCACGCUUCCCCGCAACAGCAUGAUGAGGCCCGACAGCAUCUGCAGCGUGGCAGGCUCUGUGUAUGACCGGGCCCUCCGUCCCGCCUCCACCAGCACCAUCACCACAGCGGAGAAGAGGCGCUCAAUGAGGGACGACACCAUGUGGCAGCUGUAUGAGUGGCAGCAGAGACAGGCCUUCUCCAGGCACAGUCUGGCUCAGCCAACAGCUGUGGGUCAUUACGGCACCCUGCCCAGCACAAAGACCAUGGGUAACAUCUGUGAACACGCGGUGGCGCACUCCAUCCCCACCUCACCGUCUCACGGCUCCCUGGCCCUCUACAGCACCUUCUCCCCCCCGCGCCAGCAGGUCCCACCCAACCCCAGCAGCUCCCACUCCGAGGUGUCUUCACCUGUCUCCAGGGGGGACGGGACGCUGGACCACCGGCACAGGAUGCAGCUCGCCAAGUACGCCUACCCCCCUGAUCGACGAUCCAUCGCAGCCAGCGUCCCUCCUCAGUCCAUCACCCCACAGUCCCUGCAAGGCAGGACGCCCGAGGAGCUGACCCUGCUCCUGAUCAAGCUCCGCCGGCAGCAGGCGGAGCUCAACAGCCUGCGGGAACACACUGUAGCUCAGCUAAUGGCCCUGGGUUUGGAGGGGCCCAACGCCAAGACUGAUGUUCUUUCUCAUCACCUCCAGAGGAACCUUAUUCACCUGGACAGCCAGACGAAGGAGAAUGAGCCUCUAAUCUUCAUGAUUCACACUAUGAUCGAGAACUCGGCACCGAGGCCGCAACUCUAUCAGCAAAUCAGUCCAGACGACUUCAAAGACGGCUCGUUCAUCUCGCGCACAGAGGAGGCCAACAUAGACACCAAGCUGAGCAGACUGUGUGAGCAGGACAAGGCGGUGAGGAUGCAGGAGGAGAAACUGCAGCAGCUAUACAGAGAGAAGACAGAGCCUCCCAGCCAGCGGCACAUCCAGAUCCAGAAGGAGCUGUGGAGGAUCCAGGACGUGAUGGAGGCUCUGGCCAAAAAUAAACCACAGCGGAGCACAGAAAGCACAGGUUUACCUGGUUCCAAACCGCUCUCCAGUCUCCAGAAGAACGAGGCAGUGACGCUGCUGCCGAUCAGACCGCUCAGGGAGGGUGACAGUGUGCCCCCCCGCCCGCCCCUCCCUCAAUACUACGACUCAUCAGAGCGCCCCCCUCACGUGCCCCCCCACCAAUCGCACCCCAGCGGCCGCCUGCAACCGCACACACACCGCACCGAGGAUCGUAAGGCAAGCUCCAGGAACGGAGUGCACAGCCAAGCUCCAGACUACCGGCUGUAUAAGAGCGAGCCUGAGCUGACCACGGUGAAGGAGGAAGUAGACGAGGCCAAUGGGGAGGACAAGGACAAGACAGACUCCUCUGGUGAGAGUAAGGACGCUGCAGCUUCAAAAGUGCCCCCCCACCCGGUGGGCAUCAUUCCUCCCAGGACCAAAUCCCCCAUGAGUCCUUGUAGGAGUCCUCCCGAGUCCUCCACUAUUGCCUCAUAUGUCACCCUGAGGAAGACCAAGAAGCCUGAAUCCAGAUCAGACCGUCCCAGGAGUGCCGUGGACCAGACAGGGUCUGGGGAGCGGGAGGUGGGGAGAACAAGGAUGAGUGUGGAGGAGCAGCUGGAGAGGAUGAGGAGGAACCAGCAGGCCUCGUCGCUUCGAGAGAAGAAGAGAGAAACGCCAUCCCGCUCACCCUCCUUCAGCAAAGACAGCCCGUCUACUAUCCAGCAGAAUCGGCACCAGGCGGAGGGGGCGUGUGCAGACCCGGUGGAGCUGGAGGCGGCCCUGCAGCAGCUGAAGGCAGCUCACAUGGAGCGGAGCAGGACGGCUGCUAAGGCUCAGCCUGCCCCACAGGAGGUGCAGAGGGUGGAGGAGGUGAAAGAUGAGGUGCAGCGUGACGGGGACGGUCACAGGGCCCUGCAGAGCGUGAAGGAGGCCAACAGCACAGACAGUGAGCUGUGUGAAAGCCAGAGGGUGGUGAUUGUGGACCUGGGCGUGGAGCCUCAGCGUGUGGAGAUAGUAAACCUUCACUCAUUUGAGGAUGACGAAAGCAGAGAGCAAGAUCUGACUAGCUCACCAACAAACACCACCACUGACAACAGCUUCCAGACUCCUGAGCCUGAAACGCCGAGCCCGGAGCCGAGGGAGGACGAACCAGACACGACGCAACGGAGCGCCAGAGAGGAGAAGCUGGAGCUAACAGCAGACAACAAGAAACACAACAACAACAACAACAUGUUGGCUUCGCAGAAGUACACCUUGGUGAGCAGAGACACGUGAGCGUUGCCGGCCUGGACAUCCACACUGGCGUCCCAUAAAGCCCAAAUGUAGCCUGCCUGCACAGAGCAUGCUCCACGGUUUCCUGCGUUUACAACAGGACUAUUUUGAUACUACUGUUACAUGCCCACAAGGAGACUGAAACUGAGAGGACGACAGCCCCGCCAACUGACACAGACGGGCCGGCAUCACUUGCAGACAGAGAGAGGCAGAUGUACUUUUUCUUUAGCACCUGCUAUAUCUGUCCAUGUUGAUAUGUCCCUGAGAAAAACACCAACAUAUGGAGUCAGAUUUGUCUCAAAACAUUUGUGCAUAAAUAUAAGAUUGUGAAAUGGUCAUAAAAAAGUUAGUUUGAGCUGAAAUUUACUGGCAAAACCCCAGAAGAAGGAGUUUUGAGAGUUUUUUCCUGGUUUCCAUAUGAGUCUCUAACUCAGUCGCAGCCAGGGAAGGUAACUGGCCAGGCAUUUGGAUUUUCUAGCCAGGGCAUGACAAUCUAAUUCUUUUUUUCCACACUUUUCAAUUCAACAACGGAUUUGUAUUGAAUAGUUCAAUAUUAUGUAGGUUUAUAUGUUAAAAAGACUACCUUGAAAUGAUAUUUACUGUAUAUUUUAAUGAUACUUAAAAUUUGAUUCAGUCGAUAUACAUUAAUUGUGAGCCAAUAGUUAAGUCUAUUAUUCAUCUGAAUGGCAAAGUUGUGUAGUCUUCCACUAUUAGACAACUCAGACACAAGCAGUCCAAGGCCUAAGUCAGUUAUUAGUGCAAAACAAAGUCACAAAAACAGCGACAUCGUGACAGCUGCAUGAACAGCACCAUGGACAGGUAUUCUACUCGCUCCCAUAUCUAUGUUUGUAUUGGCAAAACACACGAAAAAGACGCAAUAUUUGUAACCACCUAAAAGCUGUAAGACAAUUCGGGAAAAACAACUU